AAACUUCCAUUUUGUUUUGUUGUUGUGAGUUGUGAGCACGAUAGCAUAAUAUAUCUUUGUGCACGAAAGCUUGCAAUUGCAAACAUAAAACAGCUACAAUUUUAUCAUAAAUUGCGUUUUGUUAUAUAUACCUAUACACUUUCAUUUUCAGCUUUAUAUUAUACUAGGUAAGUUUAUUUCAAAAAUAUAUACAUCAACAUGCCUAAGAAAAAGAAAGGAUACAACUGGUCUGGCAAGAAACGUACAAUCACGAAUCGUACAAAUACUUCUACAAAUAGUUCGAUGCAAAAUGACCCCCAAAUUGAACAGAUAGCAGAGUCUGUGAAUGUGGAACAACCGGAACCUGGUCCUUCCACAAUGAUAAAUACUCCAAGUCAAACGGAAGAGUCAAGCAUCACAGUAAAAGGGAAAAAACGUAAACAUAAAACAAAUUUAACCUUGUAUAAACCAAAGAAACAUACAGCAACUCUUACUGCUUCUUUCCAAAGUGAUCACUCCUCUUCAAUGCUUACAUUUUCUUCUACAACAGAACAACAAAUGGUUGUUCAUAAUGGUACAACAAGUCUUAAUAUUUCUAUACAAUCAACAACAAAGGGAAAAAUGGACAAAGGCAAAACACCAUUGAAAAGAUCUAAAAAACCAAUCGAACCUCAGCAGUCAACACUUCCAGUGAUAUCGCAACAUCUAAUACAAUGCUCAACAAGCCAAUCAAAUGAGGAGGUUUUUAUUAACGAAGCAAGUAGAAUUACAACUGCAUUUCCCAAUAAUCUCAUUGCUAUACCAGGUCCAUCACGACUUUCAAAUACAAGUAUUGUUCCUGUACCAAUCACACCACAAAGGACAUGUACUAAUAGUUCAGAGAUUGUUAACCAUCCAACAAAUAUACGGGCAUUGUCACAACAAGACAUUGAAGAAACUACCUCUUUGCCAACAAUGAGUACUUCCACAAGGAUGGAAAUUGAUAUCCCAUUACAACACAUUGAACCGAUAGAAACGUCAUCCUUACCAACUUUAAACCAACAACAGAGUGAUGACAAUAUCACUAUGACAAUGGGACACGAUGAACUUAAUGACAUAUUAGCUAACCUUAAUAUAGACAAUUUACUAGAAAAUACCAAUAAUAUAAUAGCCGAAAAUGUAACUGAAACUAUUCAUCGAAGAGGGAAUCAUUACAUGGCGGCAACUAAUCAUUACACAGGUCUAUAUACAUUGGGAACUUUCACUUUUACCUGUUCUCACUGUAGAGCCUUACAUUUUUUAUGUGAAAAAAAUUCCAGAAAUGUUUAUUCAAAUUGUUGUAAGGAUGGUGCAGUACAUCUGCCUCCAUUUGAUUCAUAUCCUGAACAAUUAAGAGUACUAUUUCAAGAUCGAGAAUUUAUGGAAAACGUGCGUUAUUAUAACAAUAGUUUCGCAUUCGCCAGCCUAGCUACCAAUACUAUAAAUCCGCCUGGUCGAGGACCUUAUGUAUUCAAGGUACAGGGAGAAAUAAGACAUUAUAUAUCAAAUGUUUCAACAAAUAUUUCUAAUGAACGCAGACAAUACGGCAAUCUAUAUUUUUUGGAUACCGAACUGGCAAAUCAGCUUCGGUCUGCUGGCCCACAAAAUCGAACGGAAUUAAAUCGAGAAACCGUCGAUGUUAUUUCUAAUUACAUGCACAGCCACAAUCCUUUUGCUCAAGCGUAUAGAUUUCUUAAAGAUAUCUAUCAGGAACAACAACAUAACAAUCGUCAACUAACUUUAGAAUUGUACAUCAAUAACAACCGUGCUCGGGAUAUUAAUUUUAGACAAUAUGGCGCAGUACAAGCGAAUGAAAUAGCAGCCGUAUUUAUUUCUGAAGAUGGAAGACCGCCCCUGGAUCGUUGCUUACAUGUUUAUUGUCGAGACAACGAUCAAAUCAUCCACGAAUUACCAUAUCUUAGUGUUAACUGCGACGCAAUGACAUAUCCCCUAUUACAUCCAAGAGGUGAGCCAGGCUGGCAAUCUGGAACAGCGCAUCAACGUAGAAGAGGUGAUGUAUCUUUACUGGAAUACUAUAGUUUUAGAAUAGCUGUUCGACCAGAUACUUUCAACCAAUUUGUAAUGGCAGGCAAGCUGACGCAACAAUACAUCGUAGAUGCAUACGUAAAAAUAGAACAGAGUCGAUUACAAUUUAUUACUGAAAACCAACCACGCAUCAGGCAAGAAAUAUUCCAAGGACUAAUCGACUAUUUAGACUCUAGACAACUUGAUGUUCACUAUCAACCAGGCAAUAUUUUCAUCCUACCGUCAACAUUCAUAGGAAGCCCACGCGCAUUUAGACAAAAUUAUUUGGAUGCCAUGUCUAUAGUCACAAAACAUGGGAAACCAGAUAUUUUCCUAACAUUUACUUGCAAUCCUGUUUGGCCUGAAAUUAGGAAUAACCUAGAUACAAACCAACAUUCCUCAAAUAGGCCCGAUUUUGUUUCGAGGGUGUUUAAGAGCAAAUUGAAGGAAUUAAUAGAAGAUAUUGAUAAACGACAUGUCAUGGGAAUUUGCGUUGCUUACGUUUACGUGAUAGAAUUUCAGAAAAGAGGACUUCCUCAUGCGCAUAUGUUGAUUUGGUUGGAAGGAUCAGAUAAAAUCUUGGACUCUGCAGCAAUCGACCGUUUAAUUUCAGCAGAAUUUCCCGACCCUAUCACGCAUCCCAACUUGCACGAAUUGGUCAAAGUACAUAUGCUUCAUGGACCUUGUACUGCUGCUCGAUGCUUAGAUGACGAAGGACAUUGCAGCAAACAAUUCCCGAAAUCUUUGCGUGAAGAUACAUUAUACAAUUCCUCUGGAUAUCCGCUAUAUAAAAGACGGCCAAUAGAAGUACCUAUACAUAUAGGUAGAAGAACAGUAGAUAACGGUUGGGUUGUACCAUACAAUGCUUAUCUACUUGAAAAAUACGAAGCUCAUAUUAACGUGGAGGCUUGUUCUUCAAUAAAAAGCGUGAAAUAUUUAUUUAAAUAUAUAUAUAAGGGAUUUGAUAGAGCUCAAAUUGUCGUGCGAACUGUAGAGGAACAAGACGGUCAAACAACAACUAUUCAGGAACCUGUAUACAACGAAAUUCAAACGUUCAUGGACGUUCGCUAUGUUAGCGCACCUGAGGCAAUGUGGAGAAUUUAUACAUUCGAAAUGCACGAUAUGUCUCAUGCUAUCAUCAAACUUACUGUACAUCUUCCCAAUAUGCAACAAGUCUAUUUUAAUACAAAUAGUACCAUCCCUGACGUUGUAGAAAGAGCCGCAACACAACACACUACACUAACAGGAUGGUUCGCUUUGAAUGUACAAGACGAAGAAGCUAGGCAAUACACUUACGUACAAAUACCUUAUAAGUAUGUGUGGAAAAUAAGUCAAACAAGACAUUGGGUAAAACGUCAACGAAAUUUUGAUCGUUUAAUUCCUAGGUUAUAUUUUGUUCAUCCUAGAGAAGGUGAACGAUUUUAUCUUCGUCAACUUCUUUUGCAUAAAACAGGAUGUAGAUCAUUCGAAGACCUUCGAACUGUACAUGGCCGUACGUACGAAACGUUCCGUGACGCUGCUAUUGCGAUGAACCUUCUCACGGACGAUAGCAUUUGGUUUUCUACUUUGCAAGAGGCUGUACGCGUAGAAAUUCCACGAGCUCUUCGUCGUAUGUUUUCACAAAUGUUACUUUUUUGUGAAAUCGAAAAUCCGUUAACAUUAUGGGAACAAUUUAAAUAUCAUUUAUCCGAAGAUUAUAUACGACGCUUAAAUAAUAACGAACUAGCCUACAACUAUGCUUUGGCUUACAUCAAUCGAUAUCUAACACUACAAGGCAAAUCAAAUAGAGACUUUCAACUACCCUUACCCACUGAACCAGUAGAACACCUAAUCGAAGAUGAAUACAAUUAUGACCAAGCAGACGAACAACAAAUUGCUAAUAGGAACAUUCCUCUGUUAAACCAAGAACAACGCCUUAUUUUUAACGACAUACUUUUGGCCCUAAACGAAAACGAAAGGGUUCCACAUCGUCUAUUUUUUAUUAACGGAAUUGGAGGUGCAGGAAAAACAUUUCUGUUGAAUACACUACUGGCUUACUUACUAGGAAAUAAUCACCGUUAUAUUGCUAUGUGUUAUACUGGCAUCGCAGCCAGCUUAUUGAAAAAUGGCCAAACGAUUCAUUCUUCUUUUAUGUUACCGGUUCCAUUUCUAGAAAAUUCAACGUCGAGGAUUCGCAAUCAGAGUACGAUUGCUGAUAAUAUUAGAUAUUCGAAAAUUAUUGUCAUUGAUGAAAUAUCUAUGGUACAUAAAAGUAUAUUCAAUGAGAUAGAUAGAAAGACAAGAGAAAUAAUGAACAAUGACAUUCCAUUUGGCGGCAAAAUUAUCAUAAUUCUAGGUGAUUUCAGGCAAUGCGCACCUAUCGUUCCGUUGGCAGGCAAAAAUGAAACUAUUUCUGCAUCAGUGAAAUGUUCCCAACUAUGGCAAUACUUUGUUCAGUACGAUCUUGUUACGAACGUUAGAGCAUUGCCACAAGAAAACGAAUUCAAAGAUUGGCUGAUGACCAUAGGAAAUAAUUCCGAAAUUUUACGUCGCUUAGAAAAUAGCAGAGACACUAUAGUUAAAAUUCCUAAUCGUAUCAUUGUAGAAGAUGUUACUGAAAGCAUAUACGGUAGUAAUUUAACUGAACACGAUUUCACAUUAUUACAAAAAGCGAUUUUGUCUCCACUAAACAUUCAUGUCAAGGAUAUCAAUUCAGUUGUUUUAGAAAAACUGCCAGGUAGGUCACGGCAAUACCUAAGUGUCGAUAGUAUUAUCCGAGAAGACGAUACAACCGAAAAUGCUGCUGAUGAUUUAGAUUCCGCAUGGCCGCAAGACUUUUUAAAUUCUUUGGAUGCUCCAGGACUUCCUCCCCACAUACUUACACUAAAGAUUGGCGCAGUUAUCAUUUUAACGAAGAAUUUAGAUGUGAAGAGAGGCUUAUGUAACGGCACACGUUUAUUGAUUCAUAAUUUACACGAAAAUUUUAUAGAAGCGAAACGAGUGGAAGAAUCUAAUAAUGAACCUUCGAUCGAAUUUAUUUCCAGAGUUGAUAAUAUCGCUCUAAAUUCUCUUGAUCUACCAGUCAACUUGAAAAGGAGACAAUUCCCUGUACGUCUGGCUUUUGCAAUGACAAUUAAUAAAAGUCAAGGUCAAACUUUGAACAGUGUCGGCUUAUUUUUACCAGUAACAGUAUUUGAUCACGGACAACUGUAUGUUGCACUAUCAAGAGCAAGAAGUUUUGAAAACCUCAAGAUUCAAAUGAUAAAUAUAGGUGACCGUCAACAUGUAGCUGAAACUCCAAAUAAUCACUCUUACACUGUUAACGUAGUAUAUAAUGAGCUAUUGCAAAGCAGCAUAAUCCAGUAAAAUGAAGAAAAAUAAUAAGAAAUUCUUUCUUGGACAAAUAUUAUACAAUAUGGAAUGUAGAUAUAUUUCAAAGACCAUUGUACUCAAGCGCUACAAAUGCAAAUAACAUAAGGAAAUAGAAAAGGUUGAUCUAACUAUAAAGUACAACAUAAAUGGUAGUGGAGGAACCAUAAUUUCACAAGCAAAAUCAUGUUACCAUAUGCUAUUCUGUGUAUUCAUACUUACUACAAUACUAAUGGGUCAAAUAAGGACUUUUAUAUGAAUCGUUAAAAAAAUAAACUAUGCAAGGAAUAUGAACGAUGAACCUACAAGCUACAAACUACAAUAUUAAUACUGAAAAAAGGAUGCAUAGUUUGCAACAACAAAUGGAGAUAGUCCGAGAAACUUUUCAAUACAAACUGCAGAUUACACCAUCAACAAUCUUUCCAUUUUUAGCUUUAUUUUUCAGUUUAUUUAAAAUUAUACAAUAUGGAAUGUAGAUAUAUUUCAAAGACCAUUGUACUCAACCGCUACAGAAGCAAAUAACAUAAAGAAAUAGAAAAGGUUGAUCUAACUAUAAAUUACAACAUAAAUGGUAGUGGAGGAACCAUAAUUUCACAAGCAAAAUCAUGUUACCAUAUACUAUUCUGUGUAUACAAUACUAAUAGGUCAAAUAAGGACUUUUAUAUGAAUCGUUGAAAAAAUAAACUAUGCAAGGAAUAUGAACGGUGAACCUACAAGCUACAAACUACAAUAUUAAUACUGAAAAAAGGAUGCAUAGUUUGCAACAACAGAUGGGGAUAGUCCGAGAAACUUUUCAAUACAAACUGCAGAUUACACCAUCAACAAUCUUUCCAUUUUUAGCUUUAUUUUUCAGUUUAUUUAAAAUUAUACAAUAUGGAAUGUAGAUAUAUUUCAAAGACCAUUGUACUCAACCGCUACAGAAGCAAAUAACAUAAAGAAAUAGAAAAGGUUGAUCUAACUAUAAAUUACAACAUAAAUGGUAGUGGAGGAACCAUAAUUUCACAAGCAAAAUCAUGUUACCAUAUACUAUUCUGUGUAUACAAUACUAAUGGGUCAAAUAAGGACUUUUAUAUGAAUCGUUGAAAAAAUAAACUAUGUAAUGAAUAUGAACGAUGAACCUACAAGCUAAAAACUACAAUAUUAAUACUGAAAAAAGGAUGCAUAGUUUGCAACAACAGAUGGAGAUAGUCCGAGAAACUUUUCAAUAUAAAAUGCAGAUUACACCAUCAACAAUAUUUCCAUUUUUAGGUUUAUUUUUCAGGUUAUUUAAAAUACUAAACAACAAAACAAUAUAUGAAAAAGCAAAACCCCACUUGAUUAAUGUGCAUCCAAUAUUAGAUCACUAAAAUUACGAAACGCUCACAUUUGGAAGGUCUAAAAAUCUGUGAUUAUAUGUUGUCUGCUAUUUACCAUAAUGCUAAUGUAACAGAAACAGCUUGGAAAAAUAAACCUUAUAAAGAAGAAAAACUCGACUUAACCAUAAACUGCAAUAUUAAUGCUGAGAAAAAGACAACUUGGAAGCAAACUAUAAUAGGAAAAGAUGACAAUCAAUCAUGUUUUUCCAAAAACAGAUGAAAAAUGCAAUCUAUAUCAUCUGCAUUUUCUCCAUUUUCAGGUUUCUCUUUCAGUAAAAUUAAAAUUACAAAACAAAAGACACAACAGAAAGAAAAUCCACUUAAAUAGUGUUUACGCAUUAUUAUAGCAAACCAUAUAUCUAUACAAUUACAGAAUGGAUACUAAUGUCUGAAACAUCUGACAUGACAUGAUGGAAAAUGAAAUCAUAUGAAAAAGGGAUAUGAUCUACCUAGAUAAUUUUUGCAAUAUGAAUACUGGAAGUAGAAUAACUUAGGAAACAUAGUCUAAUGAGAAACAAUGAUAAACACUGGCAAUCAUUUUUUGCGAAAAUAGAUGGGAAAUACAAUUUUCCGUUACCAAUUGUUUUCAGUAUACUUGAAAUUAUAGAACAAGGAAACAAAAAAAUCAAUGAAAUAAAUAACAAACAAGAGAGCGAAGUAACUUAGAUGAUACAUUAAAGUUUUGAUAUAUAUUAUUCAUAGUCGUUUUGUAUUUGUUUUCAAUUUUUGAAUAAUCAGAUUUUACGUUUAAUUUUUGUGCGUCUUACAGUUUCAUUUUUUUUUUCUUUUUGUAAUAAGUAUUUAUCAUUUUAUUGAAACUGAAAGACGGGUGGAAGGAGGGUGGGACUCGACUUGCAGCUACCUCCGCGCGUUACAGAUCACUGUUUUAAUUAUUUCUGUUUAAUGAUGAUAAAUGUUGCAAAAUGUUGAUGUGAAUUCUACUUUGCAACCUGUUCAGAAGUAGAAAUUGUCACGCCACUAUGGACGAUCUCUCUACAAAGAAAUCAACAAUAUUCCUCGCAGUCCCUGUCAGCUGUAUUGAUAAUAAACUAUAGAUGAAGGAUAACUUUAAAAGCAAACUUUAAUGAAAACUAAAGGCAGUCAGAUUCUUUCUACAGUAUAUUUAAAAUUGUAGAACACAUAACUAUAUAAAGCAAAAACAGAGUCCACCUAAAUAAUAUGUACCCAUUAUUAUACUAUUACUAUGUACAACUACAAUACUACAAAAUUAUCACAUCAACAUAGUAAAAUCUGAUAAUCAAAAAUUUUUAUGUAUUUAAUACCUUCACGCUGAUGUUAGAUCCUAAGCGAAUUAUACUUCGACGAUGAUAGAAAAUGCCAUUCAAAAAUAUCAAUUGUUAUAAAACCUAAUAGACUUUACAAUGAAUACAUACAGGGUGACUUUGAAGUUGAGUCAUUAAUUUUCAGAUAAUGAUUGUAGAAGGAAGAUAAACCAAAAUAUGUGUGUAAAAAUAAAAAAAAAAUAAAAAAAAAUUUUUACCUUGUUUUAUAAAGUAUCCUCCCGACAAGUAUUUCAGUGCGGACCUGUAUUUGAUCGUGAGGUCCCCUGUGAGGUCUGAAGUCACCUGAUUCACGAGCCCGUUGUACUACAUUAACAAAGGCACGAGGGGUUGGUUGCACUCGAUUGGGAAACCGAUACGCAUAAACAUGUGCCAUUUUUUAUUUCGUUUGAGCCACGCAACAGACACUAUUCACACGCGUUACCGACUGACACUGACUGUAUGUAUAACUGAACUGAAUAAAAUAAACAUCGUUCCAAAUUCUUUCGCUUUUUUGUUUCCGAUGCGAUGAACCGAUAAGGUGGAUUAUAUCCGUUGUUGCCAAACACGAGCACAUGAUGUUAUUGAGACAGGGCGGUACUCAAACUUCCAAAGGGCUAUAACUUUGUUACUUUAAUUUUACCAGAAAAAUGGUAAAGGAAAAAAACAUUUCUUUUGAUCAGAUCUACUCACUGUUAAAAUAAAUGACUCAACUUUGAAAUCACCCUGUAUAUCAUUCUUUAUCACUUUUCCAAUUUUCUUAUAUUAAUUGUUAGCUGUAAAAUCUAAUAAAUUGUAAUUUUUCAAAAAUAAAUCAAUAUAUAAUUGAAUAUCA